AUGGACUACCAGCCCGUCCUCAUCCAAAAGCAUGCAAGGCCGGCGACGGCUAAGCGCAGCUCCGAAUCAAGAUAUUGGAGACAAUUCAGGCAUCCUGUCUUUGUGAAGGACUAUGCGCCCAUAACAUCCAUCCACUUUUCGCCUGCGAAGCCCCACAGAUUUGCCGUAACUUCCGCAACUCGCGUGCAGAUUUACGCACCUCGGACACAGAAGGUUACGAAGACUAUUUCUCGGUUCAAAGACAUAGCACGAAGCGGAUGUAUAAGAGUGGAUGGUAAGCUUCUAGUUGCUGGAGACGAUACUGGACUUAUACAAGUAUUCGACGUCAACUCCAGAGCGAUUCUGCGGACACUCGAUUCUCACAAACAGCCCGUGCAUGUCACCAAAUUCUCUACCCAAAAUCCCACCCAAGUGCUUUCCUGCUCUGAUGACACAACCGUCAAGCUCUGGGAUGUUCCCUCUCAGGCCGCCGUCAAUACCUUCAUCUCGCAUACCGAUUAUGUGCGCUCCGGUCAAGUUGCCCCAUCCAACCCCCACCUUAUCCUGACCGGCUCCUACGACGCUACCGUGCGCCUCUACGAUGCCCGAACAAACGAGUGCGAAAUGGUACUCGGCGGCUCGUCUAGCUCUUCCGGCAGCGCAAAAGUACCGGUAGAGCAGGUUCUGAUGUUUCCUUCCGGUACCGUGGCACUAGCAUCUGCUGGACCUAUUUUGAGGGUGUACGAUCUCGUAGCAGGGGGCAGGUGUACCCGUGCUCUAUCAAACCAUCAAAAGACCGUCACUUCACUUGCGUUUGACUCUUCGGCGAGCCGGCUCCUUACGGCUGGUCUUGACCAGAUGGUGAAAGUGUACGACGUCUCGACCUACAAGGUGGUGCAUACCAUGCGGUAUCCUGCACCCGUGCUUUGCCUGGCAAUUUCGCCGGACGAGACACACAUAGCUGCCGGCAUGUCGGACGGCACCCUGUCCAUUCGCCGGAGGCGACCAAAGGCGUCCGACAGUAUGGAUGACACACCGUUCUCAGCCGACGCUCUUCGUGCCGGUACAUACGAGUCCUUCUUAGGCGGUGCUCUCUCCUUUAUUGGGCAAGGCAAGGUCAAGUCGAAGGUCAAAUCAAGACCUAUAGGGGAUGUGGACGAGCUGCGGGUGGAGUCGAAGCGAAAGAAGAGAUUGCGGGAUUAUGAUCGGUUGCUGAAGGGCUUUAAAUAUAGCGCCGCGCUGGACAGCGUAUUGAGAAAGCAAGUACCGCCGACCACGACAUUUUCUCUAAUCCAAGAAUUGAUCCAUCGUGACGGGCUUCGGUCAGCACUCAGCGGACGCGACGAUGUGCUUCUUGAGCCCAUUCUGCGUUUGCUCGUGAAGCAUGCGACGGACCCCAGAUUUGGCGAGAUGGUUUGCGAUGUCGCAAAGGUCGUCAUUGAGAUGUAUACCCCUGUGCUGGGUCAGUCACCACUGAUCGACUCUUUAUUCCUCCGGUUACAGAAGAAAGUGGCGACCGAACUCCGAUUCCAACAAGAGCUUGUGAAGACGCGAGGCGCUCUGGACAUGGUCUUCGCUUCGGCGGCAUUGGCAUUAGCAGAAACCAGUACACCUAUAGCAGCAUCAUAA